AUGCUAAGGCUCGAAGACGAAGCCAGCUCCGGCCUGGAAGCAUCGGCUGCCGCCGGACUUCCACCUCCGCCGAUGGCUGCGUUUGCUGUGGCGCUUAAAUUGCCGGAUUUUUGGCUUCACGACCCUCCUUCAUGGUUCGUGCACGUAGAAGCUCAGUUUGCUCUUCGUGGAGUUUCAGCCGACGAUACUAAAUACCACCAUGUGGUGGCCUCACUUGACCCGCUGUCAACCCGCCGCGUGAUGACUCUCCUCCGGGACCCCCCAGCCCAAGGCAAGUACACCGCCCUCAAGGCGCUGCUGCUGCGGCGUUACUCCCUCUCUGAUGCUGAGCGAGCCGAGAAACUCCUUUCCCUCGCGGGCUUGGGCGACGGCACAGCUCUCGAGCUCAUGGAGAGCAUGCUGUCGUUACUGGCUGCCGGCUCCAGUGCGCGCUGGCCUUGCCAACUCCCCGCUAUUGGCCACGAAAGAUUACCGCUCCCUUGCGGAAGAGGCGGAUCGCAUCCUCCUGGCUACCAGAAGUUUCGGCGUCCAGGCGAUUGUCCCGGAUUCACCAGCCGUUUCCCCCGCCCCCUCACCGAUGCUCCAGGGGCCCUCCGACUCGUCCACGGUGGCUGGAAUCGCUGCAUGGCGGCACCGCGGAAAAGGGCUUUGUUUUUAUCACCAGCGUUUUGGAGCGAAGGCACGGCGCUGUCUCCCGCCUUGCAGUUUCCAGACCCAGGGAAACGGGCACGCCAGCGCUCUGUAGCAGCCGCGACCGCUGGCAACAAGGAACGGCUGCUGUUCAUAGAGGACUCACGCUCGGGGAGGCGUUUCCUGGUGGACUCCGGCUCACAGAAGAGCCUUCUUCCCCCGGCUGGCUCGGACAGGCUAGCUGAGGGCUGCGGGCCAUUGCUAACUGCGGCUAAUGGCUCCCCCAUCAAAACCUUCGGUGAAAGGACUACCCCCCGCCCACCGGCGUUUGAGCCUCCUCCUGCCUUUCCUGCUCGCCUUCGCCAGCCUCGUUCACAGGGUGGACCUUCCUCUGCCUGUUCUCUCCCUCCCAGGUUCAGUCAUUCGGGCCGUUUGCUUAGGCCCAGGGUCCUGGACUGA